GUCUAUUAAUAAUAUUUUAUAUUAACUUUACGCAUUUUCAAAUCUAUUUUAAAUUCAAAUUGUAAUUUUAGUUUCAAUAAACUAAUUGUCUGUUUCAGAUAGCUAUACAAAAUGCAGAGUUGAUGCAGAUUGUGCUAAGACUAGUGACCACGCCUUUUGUUUUGGCAACGAUGCAGACAAAGAUGGAUACUGUAGGUGUAAAGAAAAUUUCGAAAUGGUUAGCAGAAAUAAAACGUAUUUCUCUUGUUUGGGACCCGCCGGAUUAGGAGAAAAAUGUGAAAAAAAUAUGCAGUGUCAAAUUGUAUUAAGUGAAAACUCAGAAUGUGCAAAUUCGGCGUGUCGCUGUAAAAACGGAGCUCACCUUUAUAAAGACGGAAGAUGUUAUGUCUCAGUAUUACUAGGAGACUUUUGCAGAGGCGAUCCCAAUUGUUGGUUAGCCUCAAACCAAUUUGGUAACUGCGUAUAUGGAAAAUGUACUUGCAAAUUUGAUAACGAAGUACCAGGAACAGACAGAAUGAGCUGUGUACACGGUAAAAAAAUAGGAGAACAGUGUGAUAGUGACAACCAGUGCUCUCUAACCGAAAAUACCCAAUGUAAAACUGUUUGUCGAUGCUCUACUGGUUUUGUUUUGUCACGUGACCAGACCAGAUGUCUAAAGGCUGCUACAAGAUUCAAUGACGUUUGCCUUGAAAAUGAUCAGUGCUCAGCUAGCCUUCAAGGAAGCAUUUGCCUCAGUAAUAACUGUACAUGCGAUAGUGGUUUUCAUAGCAUUGACUUAAAAUGUGUGCGAACGGCAACUUUCGGUGGUCCGUGCUCGCACAGCGAGGAAUGUGUUCGGGAUUCCUCCCAUUUAGAACUAAUACAUUGUAAUAAUGGAGAGUGUCAGUGUAAACCUGGUAUUGUUAAUGAGACGUUAGGGUGUAUUAAUAGAUCAAAUUUUAUGGUACAAAAUAGUUUUGUUUUUAUUUCACUAGUUUUAGUUUUAAAAUUUUUGUGAUUUA